AUGCCCGCGGCAACGGAAGUCAGCUGGCCUGUCUCGCAGAACCUGUUUGUUCGAGCUCAUAAUUCCGACAGCGGGACUGGACAGCCAAACGGCCAUCUCGGCGAGGAGCCGAACAGCAAACAGCACGAUGGACGCCCUGGCCACCAGAGACCACUAUCAACAUCAUAUCCUUCCAAUAGCCUCAAUUUCCUUCGAGGCACAGAUUUCAGAAAGGACGAACAGACGUCAGAGAAUGGCCAAGCAGCAUUGAUGACUCUUGAAAUCCUCGUUGUUGGAGCCGGCCUUGGGGGCCUUGCAACCGCAGUCGCUCUGGCUAAGAGUGGACAUAAGGUUACCGUCUUGGAACAGGCUGCCCAGUUAAAUGAGGUUGGUGCUGGCAUCCAAAUCCCGCCAAAAUCGAGCAAACUCCUCCAACGAUGGGGGGUUAUGGACAUCCUAUCAGAACAGGCUGUGCGGCCCGACGGCAUAUCAUUCCGUCGCUGGGAUAACGGUCUACGCAUCGGCUUCACUGAUCUCUCAGAGUCUUUCAUCGAGCUCUGCGGUGCGCCGUACUACGUCGCUCAUCGUGCUCACCUGCAUUCAGCUCUCUAUCAGCGAGCAAAAGAUCUUGGUGUUGCGGUCCGUUUGGAUAGCAGGGUCUCUAGCUACAACCCUCACAUACCAUGUGCAACACUGGCCAGCGGUCAGACUUUUUCAGCAGAUCUCAUUGUUGCUGCUGAUGGCGUCAAGUCCGUGGCCCGAAACUUGCUCCCCUCCAACCAAGUUGGCGGGCUGAACUAUACAGGGUUCGCCGUUUACCGAGCUACCGUGGAUGUCGGCAAGAUGAGAGCAAUCCCAGAGAUUGCCUGGAUUCUCGAGAAGCCCGGAUUACAUGUCUGGAUUGGCGAAGAUCGUCGCGUCAUGACUUACACCAUUGCUGCCGGUGAAUCUUUCAACAUGGUGUUAUCUCACAAGGAAUCGAGAGAUUCCUCUACUUGGGAGCAAAAGACCCAAACAGAGAUUCUUGAAGAGAUGAGGGCGGAGUUCCGAGGUUGGGAUUCGCAACUUACAAAAAUUAUUGAACUGAUUGACACCACUAUCAAGUGGCCUUUAAUGACAGGCUUACCUUUGGAAAACUGGGUUACGGAUUCCGAACGUCUUGUUAUUCUUGGCGAUGCCGCACAUGCGAUGCUUCCCUACAUGUCCCAGGGAGCAGCCAUGGCAGUCGAGGACGGCGCCGCUUUGGCUGUUGCCCUCAACAAGAUGGCAAGUCUUGAACAACUCGGUCUUGCUCUUCGGAUAUUUCAAAAAGAAAGGAAAAUAAGAACCUCGAUGAUGCAAGAGGCAAGCAUGGUGAACGCUCUGUUGUGGCACUUCAAGGAUGGCCCCGAACAGAAGGCUAGAGAUGAGGCAAUGCGUCCUGAAGUCGAGGGUCGCAAGUUUUCGAGCAGUCCAAACCAGUGGUCUGAUCCCCUUACACAGUCAUGGGCUUAUGGUUAUGAUGCAGAGAACAAGAUGCUGGAGCAAUGGAGACGCGAAGCUGACGCGUGA